AUGGCCGAGAUUCAGAGUCAAGUUGCGUGGGGAAAACGCCCCAAAGUGAACAAGCUGGAAGAAUACAUGGCACCAAACAGAGUGGCUGCAGCGUAUUUUCAAGUCAACGUAAUGACAUGGUGGAAGUUCAACCCGACGUUGUACCACGCACUCGAUUAG